AUGUAUAAUGUUUCAUUUGAAGAGCAAGUACGUGGUAUAAACUUACAGAUGACAUUUUCUGGCAAGACACACCGUACUUUUUCCGCAUCCACCCCGCAAUCACCGAUCUUAAUCUGUCAUUUCUCGGACGACUUCGGCCAAGAGAGGCAAUGGCAAUAUGCCGCAGAAGCUUCCGAUGACAUUACAUACGAUCAAGUCAGAAAAAAAUUGGAUGAAUCGAAAAGAAGCUAUAAAACUUUAACAUAUUCUCGUGGAGAGAAAGCACCUUUAGUCAUAAUCAAUAAUGAUGAAUCAUUAAAUUUAGCCGUGCGCUAUUUUAAAAAAUUAACACCUAGCGAUGAGAUUCACCUAUUUGCACAUCAAUAA